AUGGUUCAGUUGUUAGCAUUGCGCCAUCAGUCAAAGGGAUAUUUCCAAUGUGGUUGCAUGACCAAAUUAGGCAAGAAUGACGGUUCAUUUUCAUCAAUUAAACCACCAUUUAUGCUUAGACUCGGCAAAAACAGAGAGAUCCAUUUCAAAAUUUCCAAAUCUAAUAAUUUACCUCCAUCGCGAUCCCUGUGUUUUCACAUUCAGGGUAGAUGUGCUGAGAAAACUGCAGCAGAUAUGAAAAUCACACGUGAAGAUCAAGACGAGUAUGCGAAAAUGUCUUACGAGCGCAGUCAGGCUGCGGCGAAACAAGGCGUGUUCGCAAAAGAGAUAACCCCGGUACGAGUGCCUGACAAACGAGCUCCAAACGGAUUUGUUGAGGUCACUGAGGAUGAGGAAUACAAACGGGUAGACUUUGCCCGUUUUCCGAAACUCAAGCCGGCCUUUUUGGAUGUAGCCGACGGGGGCACAAUCACGGCAGCUAAUGCAAGCGGGAUUAAUGACGCAGCUGCUGCGACAAUUUUGUGUUCGGCCAGUUUUGCUGCGAAGGAUCGAUCGUUGACGCCACUCGCUCGUAUUGUUGCCUAUGCUGAUGCUGCUAGAGACACGAUUGAUUUCGCAAUCGCACCACAUUUGGCCGUGGAAAAAUUGUUGCGUUUGAGUGGGAUCUCCAAAGACAAAGUGGCGAUGUGGGAAAUUAACGAGGCAUUUGCCGUGGUCGCUUUGGCCAAUAUCCGAUUGUUGGAGUUGCCCAUAGAGAAGGUCAACAUCCAUGGUGGUGCUGUCAGUUGUGGACAUCCCCUUGGCAUGUCUGGCGCAAGAAUCACAAACCACUUGGCUUUGAAUCUCAAACCGGGACAAUAUGGUGUCGCAGCAAUUUGCAACGGUGGCGGUGGUGCUUCUGCUAUCAUGCUCGAGGGCUUGUAA